GUUUUGUUUUCAAAUAUGUGCACGUCCCACGUUCCUUCGAAAGACCAGCUCCUUUUACAAAUGCGACAAGCAAACAGCCGGGGGACGUUUAACAUUGCGACCCUCGACGACGACCAGAUCGAGGCGGCCAAAGAAUUCAUCGAGGCCGUCAACUGUGCCCGUCAGAAAAGGGGCUCAGGACCGCUCUCGUGGCCGACGGCUCUCAAGUUUUUGAUGGCACGCAAGUUCGAUGUCGGACGCGGACUGACUCUAUACGAGGAACACGAAGCUACGCGGAUCCGCGAGGGACUGGUUCGCUUCGAGCCCACCGUCGAACCGCUACGGGCCGAGUUGGAGACGGGAAAGUUCACCGUGCUACCAACUCGCGAUGGAGGUGGUGCUGCCAUUGCUGUAUUUACCGCUCGCCUACACUAUCCUGAGCUCUCUAAUCACCAAGUCACACUCCAGGGUGUCGUCUAUCAGCUCGACGUGGCUCUAGAGAGCGUCGACACGCAACGCUCCGGUUUGGUCUUUAUCUACGACAUGAGUGAUUCGAAAUACGCCAACUUUGACUACGACCUCAGCAAGAAAAUAUUGACUCUACUCAAGGGUGCCUAUCCAGCCCGGCUGCGGAAAGUGUUGAUAGUGACGGCUCCACUUUGGUUCAAAGCUCCAUUCAAGAUUCUGCGGCUGUUUGUGCGCGAAAAGUUGCGAGAUCGUGUUUACACCGUCAGCUUACCGCAGUUGACGCUGCACUUGCCCGCGGACUCUCUGCCGAGCGAGCUGGGCGGCAACCUCAAAGUGGAUCACGGCGCCUGGCUUCGCUACUGCUUCAAAUCGAUGACGAAUCGCGCUGGGGAUUUGUGCGACAUAUCAACCGGACCCAACCCACUGUUUCCGCCUUUGGAAACGGCCACGACUUCUGAAGCGGAUGAUCGGCCUGAGCAGGAAGAGGAGGAGAAACCCGUUAGUGAAGCUGAACCGUCUGACGACGAAGACGUUGAAGAGAUCGAAGAACCCGUCCCGCUGCAAGUCGAGUCUGUUGCACACCGACUGCAGGAGCCGAUUCCGCUUGCACCAGCCUCUCAGGAGAUCGUCAACAAUUUUGCCACGGUUACGUGCAAAAGUGCAUCGGUGGUGGUGGUGGAAGCCCCUCCACCGCCAAAGCCAACGGUGGCCAACGUUUCCGACAACAUGGUCAUUGAGAGAUCCGCCUCACCGCCGCCGCCCCCAUCGUCGGCCAGCAGCGGAUUCUCAGAUGACGACAGCCUACACUUUGACGACGGACGGGGGAUGACCCUGGAAGAGUUUGCACGACAUGUUAAGACGAAAAGCAAGCAGGGCCUCUAUCUAGAGUAUGCCGACAUCAAAGCCAAAGGGACUGACGGCACUUUUAAUAAUUCCAGAUUAAAAGGAAACGCUGCCAAGAAUCGUUACACAGACGUUUUGUGCUAUGAUCACAGUCGGGUCGUCUUGUCUAUGGAAGAUCCCGAAGACCUCUGCUCCGACUACAUUAAUGCUAACUACGUCGACGGCUACAAACAAAAGAACGCUUUCAUCUCGACGCAGGGACCAUUGCCCAAGACCUAUGGCGACUUUUGGCGGAUGGUCUGGGAGCAGCAGUGCGCUGUCGUCGUCAUGACUACGCGUUGCCUGGAGAGGGGAAGACCCAAAUGUGGUCAGUAUUGGCCUCUAGGAGAGGAGGAAUCGGCCGAAUAUGGCCAUUUCGAAAUCAUCAACUUGACAACAGAGCAACAAAGUGAUUACACCAUCUCCAUGCUACAUCUAACCAACCUCAAGACGCGUGAGACCCGAUCUGUGGCUCACAUGCAAUUUACAUCUUGGCCCGACUACGGCGUACCUCUCUCGGCAACGGCCAUGCUCGAGUUCUUGCAGCGAAUGCGCGACAUGCAGAGUGGUUUGGUAGCUGCCAUGGGCGAUACUUGGAUCGGUCAUCCGCUUGGCCCUCCCAUAGUUGUUCACUGCUCAGCUGGCAUCGGUCGCACAGGUUCGCUCUGCACGAUUGAUAUUUGUCUCCGGAGAUUAGAAGAUGUCGGUACGAUCGAUGUCCUAGGUACGGUCGAGAAAAUCCGGUCGCAGCGGGCCCACUCGAUUCAGAUGCCUGAUCAAUACCUCUUCUGCCACACUGCCAUCUUAGAGUGCGCCGUGGCGGCCGGUCUGCUCCAGGGCGACGAGCUGGCCUGCCUGGAUGACGAGGAUGACAGCAGUGACACCGGUUAGGCAUGCUAAGGAUAUUAAGGACAAGAAAAAAAAGGAACACUAAUGGUAUCCCUAGCCCCCGAGAGUGGAACGGAUACAUUGAUUUUUCCUUCCCGUUCGUUCGGCUUCAAAUCGCGUCGAAGGCGACUCUUAUGUAUAUUUUUUGACUUUCGAUAUAUUCCAAGAAAAACAAAGCAAACAAAA